AUGAGGCACGGACCAACGAUCGUGAUGCUGCUGCUCCUGGGCGCAUUUCUCCUGGUCGCGCAGCCAUCCAGUGCAAGCCGCGGGUCAACUUGGCGCAUGAACCGCUCAUGGCGCGACGGCAAUGAGUACUCACCCCUCGCGGCUCCCUCUCAAGGAAACUCCGGCAGAUUCGCAAAGCCAGCGGUGGACGAUUCCGCCGUCUACAUCGUUCGCCUGAGCACCGCGCCUCCCCUCUGCGAAUACCGCGGCGGAAUCGCGGGCUACCCCGCCACUGCCACGUGGGACGACGGUAGCGACGACGAGGGCGACGGCGAGGCCGUGCCGCAGAUGAUUCUCCCCGCCGGCGAUUCCGCCGCUGCUGCAGGCGGCGAGUCCGUCGAUCUGGACGACAUCGACGGCGACCAGCUCUUCCCCAACGCAACUGCGCCCGCAGAUGCCGCAUCUCACGCCGCCGCCACCCCCAGCGCUCGCGGCGGUCGAGGCGGUAACGGCAACGGUAGCGGCGGUCGUAACGGUGGUGGCAAGGGCAACGGAGGCGGCGGGUUCCCGAGGCACCGGCUGAGUCUGAGCAUGGACCGCCCCCAGGUGGCUGCGUUCGCGGGGCUGCUGCAGCGGCAGCAGGCGCAGGUGGCAUCUGAGGCGGGCGUACCCGAGGACGGGCUGCUCUACAGCUACAAGCACACGUCCAACGGCUUCGCCGCGCGCCUCACGUCGCGCCAGGCGUGGCAGCUGAAGCGCCACCCCGCCGUGGCGUCUGUGCGCGCCAGCCGCGUGUUCCGCCGGCAGACCAGCGACUCGCCGCAGUUCCUAGGGCUCCCCGGAAAGGUGUGGCCGGCAGUGGGCGGGCAGAGCAAGGCGGGCGAGGGCACGGUGGUGGGGAUCGUGGACACGGGUAUCUGGCCCGAACACCCGUCCUUCAGCGACAAGGGCCUCUCCUCACAGCUGCCCGCGGGGUGGAAGGGCAAGUGCGAGCAGUCGAGCUCGUUCCGGUGCAACAACAAGGUGAUUGGCGCCAAGGCCUUCUAUUCCGGCUUCCAGCAGAGCAGCGGCAAGCCCGUGCUGACCAAAGACUGGCUCUCGCCGCGAGAUGCGGACGGGCAUGGCACGUGGUGCGCGGGGGCAGCCGCGGGGAACCCCGUGAAGGUGCAGGGCGGCGGGCAGGUGAGCGGCAUGGCGCCAGCAGCGCGCAUUGCGGCGUACAAGGUCUUCUGGACGGACAGCAACGGGGAUAUGUACGCCACAGAGUCGGAUAUCAUCGCAGCCGUCAAUCAGGGCGUGGCGGACGGCGUGGAUGUGCUGUCGCUGUCUCUGGGGGCCGUGAAUUCCAACGACAACUAUUUCAACGAUCUCGCUUUCAUGCGCGCCAAUGCUGCCGGGGUGUUUGUUGCCUUUGCUGCCGGCAACGCCGGGCCUCCCGGUCGUGGUGGGUUCUACCGCACGCUUGACAACUUCGCCCCCUUCUAUCUCACGGUUGGCGCCAGCACCAUUGCCCGAGGCGGCGCGUCCCUCGCCUCCUCAACUUCCGGCGCUCAGUCGCUCUCUCUUGGUGCCACCAUCAGCAGCAAUGGCACCGACGGCAGCACAGGCGGCAACUUCAAUGGCAACAGCACGGACGGCAGCAGCACCGUUCUGACUGCUGACGGCGGGAUCACCUUCACCACUGCAUCCUCCUCCGCCCCCGUGGUCGCUGAAUUCUCUUCCCGCGGCCCCCUGCUGCAGCCCUCCGCCACGGCCCAGCCCCCCAUGCCAGGCAACGCCAUCCUCAAGCCCGACAUCAUCGGCCCGGGAGUGGACCUCAUAGCCGCCGCUCCCGGGAAGAGACCCGGGGAGCAAGGCGCUCUCGCCCGCAUGUCGGGUACUUCCAUGGCCACCCCGCAUUUAGCCGGGCUAGCCGCUUUAAUCAUCCAGAAGCACCCCAACUGGACCCCGGCGCAGGUGAUGUCAGCGAUGAUGACGACGGCGCGGGUGACGGACACGAGCAAGAGCGCGAUUAAGAGUGCGACGGGCGGGGAGGCAACCCCGUGGGAGAUGGGCGCAGGCCACGUGUUCCCUCCGGCCAUGCUCGACCCCGGCCUCACGUACGACGCCCGCGACCGCGACUACCAGAAUUUCCUCGCCGGGCAGGACCUGAACCGCGCGAAAAAGGAGUUCCCAGGGGCGGCGCUCUCGCCUCUGGCCGUGCGGAACCUCAACCUGCCCACCAUCACUCUGCCUCGCCUGCAGGGCUCCCUGCAGGUCACACGCACCGUCACCAACGUGGGGCAGUCCCAGUCCACAUACAGUGUAUCUGGGAAGGCCCCGCAGGGGGUGAAGGUGGGUGUGUCGUCUAAGAGCCUCACGCUUGCUCCCGGGCAGAAGGGGACCUACACGCUGACGUUCACUGUGGAUACACCCAACGAUGCCUUCUCCUCACAACAUCCACCCCUCACAUGCCCCAAGCAACAGCUGCCGCCGGUAGUCCGCAGGGUGGAGCGCCUCCCUCCACCUUGCGCACUCUGA